AUGCAGCAAAACAUACGAUUUUUAACAUUUCUGGAUGGAUUAUUUCUGAACAGCGCUAGAGCAGUUGAAGAGUCAAGAGCACAAUUAUGAAUUAUGAUCAGCCUGGUUGAAGCCAACCAGCACAGAUCACGAACCGCUCUCGCGCGUCUUGCGUCAUUGAAGUCUCUGAUGUAGAGGAGGUGCGAAUCGGUUCCCAUCCGUCUCACUCAUUCAACAAGCUGUACAUUUCUCAGAGGCUCGGACAGUUUAACAGCAAACAAAUCUACCCUAUCACGGAUCAGAAGAAAUGGAGUUACAGAAAUUGAACCGGACUGCAGCGACCACACGGUAACGCGAGCGUCGAUGAGGAGAGGACUGAAGAAUGGCUGCUCCUGACCUCCUUGAUCCUAAAACAGCCGCUCAUAACUCCAGACCUCGUCUCUCAUUCUCGGCUCAACCAGUGCUGUUGAAGUCUUCGGAAGACUUUGAGCCUCGUGUAACCGUCAUGCGCUGGAAAACAGUGCUGACCGUCUUCCUGCUGGUGGUGCUGUACUUGAUUAUUGGAGCAACUGUGUUUAAAGAGUUGGAACAGCCUCACGAGAUGUCAAAGAAACUGGCCAUCCUAGUGGAAAAACUGGAAUUCCUCGAGCAGCAUCCAUGUGUGAACUCCUCAGAUCUGGAAUAUUUAGUGAAGCAAGUGGUGUCAGCAUUACGAGUAGGAGUGAACCCUUCAGGAAACUCGUCCAAUCAGAGCAGUUUAUGGGACCUCAGCAACUCCUUCUUCUUCGCUGGAACAGUUAUUACAACUAUAGGUACUAAAGUACACAAACUCGCAUGCAAGCUCAUUAGCAAACACUAUAUUACUUUUAAUAAAACUCAUGAAGAGGAUGACAAAAAAUACCUUGGAUAUGAGCAAGAGUGA